AUGCACCCGAGCUUCGUCCGCCACGUGAUAGGAUGUGCGGUUCGAGCUCGGGAAGAGGGCGUCUCGUUCGGUGUUCGAGAUCUGAGAAAGCUUUUCUCGGUGAAGAACAACACCAGGCUUCCCGGGUCGUUUUACUCCUCGCCGAGGCCGAAUCGGCGAAUAUUCACGAACACCCCGCAGAGGGAUAGCGGGUGGAGUGACGAGAUGUUCUUCUUCCGGGUCAGCGAGGCCACGAUGGGCGACUUCGACUUUGGUCGAAUCCGAACGGAUUGUAGAUCCAGUACCAACAACCCGGGGAUUGAUUACCUCGUCGAGCGACUCGGAAGGGAAAAGGUGAACUGGAGUACUUUUACUCCGGAACGGAUCCGUCGAGUUCUCAGCUCUCCUCCUGCUCCUCCUCCAGCUGAUCUUCCGGUUAGAUCGGCGCAAGAUUCUAGCUCUGCUUCUUCUGUUCCUCCUCUCUCACGCAGAUCGAAAAUGACCCGUCGUCAGCCUCUCAGAUCCCGGACCGCAAAGGUGGAAGUCGACGCGGCGGUGGAGGAGGCUAUGGCUUCGAAGCCCGGGGGGUCUUCUGCCCUUGCCGACCAGGUGGUUGACCAGGUCGACGCGACCGCCGAAGGAGAGGCGCCGAAGCGAGCUCGGAGUGACGAUGGAGAGACUCGUUCUCGCGAGGGCGGCCCGACUGCCUCGAACGGGAGCGGGGGAAAGCCGCCGUUUUACUGGCAGUACGAGAACUCCAAAGGCUUCCCCGUUCAGGACGACGAGGAGGGAACAGCUCGCAUUCAGCUCCACUUCAAGCCCGUCGGAUGCCGGCUCCCGUCCCUGAACCAGAUGUCUGAGAAGGAGCUCUACAUCGCGACGUGCGCUGCGAGUGGGAGGGCUGUGGCAGCUCGUAACAUGUUGGUGUCCCGCCUGGAGUCGAGGAUCAGAGACGCGCCUCAGCAGAAAGAGCUCGAUCAGGUGAAGGAGCUCGUUGCCAAGUUGACCUCCGAUCUCUCUGCGGCGAACGAGCGGGUAGCUCGUCAGGGUGAGCUCUUGAAGAAACACACCUCGCAGGAGGGUCGUGUGAAAGAGCUCGAGACCAGGGAGGCCGAUCUCUUGCGCCAGCUGUCCCAGAAUCAGGAGCAGAUGGCGGCUUUGCAGAAGGAGAGCUCGAGUGCGCUGACGCAGUCGCUUCGCCUUAGCCGGGAGAACCAGGUACUCGUCGCCGAGAAGGACAACGUAGCUCGCCGUGCCAACCGCGCAGGUCGGAGGGAGAUGGUCGCGAAGCAUCGGGAAGUGCUUGAAUCGGCUAAGGCAAAGUUCGAGGAGAAGAGGGUGGAAGGUGAGAAGGAGGGCGAUCAGAUCGAACUCCAAUCCAACAUCGAUCUCCUUACGUCGCUGAUCUCCGGUGCGAUCAACCAGGAGGAAGAGCUCGCCAGGUUGAAGGGGCUCGAGGAUGAGGUGGCCGAAGCAGCCAAGGCGGCCCAAGUCUCCGAUUUCUCGAUCGGGAAGUUCAACCUUCCCGUGGUUUCGGAGGACUCGGUCGCGCGCAUGGAGAUCGACCCAUCGACGAGCAUCCCGGUUGGCUUGAACCCGUUCGGGACGAAUGCCGAAGAGAAGGGAAGCAACGAGGAGGAAGAGAAGGAAGAUGAAGAGAUGACCGUCGAGGACUGA